UGGAAAGAAACCGACCCGGUGGCGUGCAAUUCGAAGGGUCUCAGAACUCAGCCUUGGGUUCGAAAUUGGGGCUUUUGGUCUGUGGUGGAAAAUUAGGGUUUUGGUAAAUCUCAAAAAUGUCGACGGGCAAACCCAAAGACGGCGAAUUUCAGGUGGUUGUAGCGCCGGGAAAGUCGAAGCCGCCCCUGCCGCCUAAAGCAGCAUCGAAUGCGAUAGUGGAAUAUACCCCGGUCGCUUUCAAGGAGGAAGAGGAGGACUUGGAAAUCAAGCUCCGACGUAUUAUCGAUAAUGUUCCUGUCCGGGUCAGCAACACGUCUGGUAGUUCUGCCGGUUCAGGCUCCGGCGAUUUCCACCAGUACCGGCAGAUGAGACGUAAGGAGCAAGACCGUCUUGCAAGGAUGGAAGUUGACUACCAGAGAAGAAAAGAGCUGGCUGAAUUUAGUUCGAGAAGGGAGGAGAGAUUAAAAGCUGCAGAGGAACGAACGGCAAAGAAGCGAGCAAAACGUCAAAAGAAAAAGGAAAGGAAAAAGGAGAAAAAGAUCAAAUUGAGUGCUGGUGAAGGAGAACAGCAGCAAGAGAAAGAAGAUUCUUCAGGUGAUGGAGACUCUGAUAACGAUGAGGAGGCAGCACCUUGAAACAAGCUUGGUUGUACCCGAACUUUUUAAAUUUGGUUCAAGCUAGAUAGCAAUAUUUGGCUUAGAUAAAACACAGUCAUGACUCCUGGUGUAUCCUAUAUGUGAGUUGUGAGGCACUGUGUUUGAAGGGAAUGCUUAUUGUUUCAAGCAAAAUAUACGAAGUUUGUUUAGAGAACACAUAUUACAAACUUUUUAUUUAAAAGAAUCCAGCUUGACACUCAAUGGU